GAGAAGCUACAUUUUGUACGGGGCUAGCUUACGCUUCCAUCACAACACAAGAAAAUUCUUUGGCCCUUUUUCUUCUACUUCUAUUCGUAGUUCUACAGUUUCUGCCAAGAAGCAGGUUUGUCUCAAGCCGAAAUCAUAACGCGGCGUAGUCUGGUAGUCGUACAGCUAGGACGCCAUCUCGAUUGUACGGUGCGCGUGCAUGCUGUGCGUACUGUCGUGGGCGAAAGAAUUAUUUUCCUUUCCUUUUUCAAAACAAUUAAAAUUCUUGCUUGACCGAAAUAGUUUAGGUCUUGACCAUUACCCGGCAACGGCGGCAGGGCGUGAAGCCUUACAACUGAAAUUGAGGACUCCAUAAUAUAUCCCUCUCCGAGAGCUGUCUUCUUGUUUCACACCAGGAGAUGGUUGCACAGUGGGAAUUUAGUGAUAUCUGGACACUCGGUGAGCCUUUUUGGCUGCCGAAAGGAGUUACGUGGGAGCUGGUUCUUCGGGGCGAGGACGGAAUCAAGCCGCUGCCACAGCACUAUUUGGUCGUGAUCUCUCUGGCCCUGAUACUUCUAGUUGUACGCCAUUUGUUUUCCAAGUUCAUCACGCGUCCCAUUGGACGUUAUUUCGAAAUCAAUGAACGUGUGGUUCCGAAACCGGUAGCCAAUGAGCUGGGGGAGCGACUGUUCAAGGAGUGCCGCGGCAACCCGAAAGAUGCGGAGAUCUCGGCCCUGAUCAAGGCCACAGGAUGGACAGAGCGCAAAGUGCAGCGCUGGUUCAGGCAGCGCGGCCUGUCUGCGCUGCCCAACAAGAUGGUGAAGUUCCUGGACAGUAGCUGGCGAGCAUGCGGCUACUUCUCUCUUCUGUUCAUCGGCUGGUACACGGUGCCGCGCAAGUCGUACUUUUACGAUGUGGAAGACUGCUGGCGGCAGUAUCCGCAUCGCUACGUUGAUCUGGAGGAGUUCUGCUACUAUAUGGGAGAGAUGAGCUUUUACUUGUCACUGACGAUCUCGCACUGCUUUGAGCAACGCAAGAAGGACUUCUGGGAGAUGUUGAUCCAUCAUAUCGCCACGCUGGGUCUGAUAUCGUUAUCGUUCUCGGUGAACUACGUGCCGAUCGGUGCGCUGAUCAUGCUGUGUCAUGACAUUGCGGACCCGUGGCUGGAGUUGGCCAAGAUCACCGGUUACACGCGACACAAGCGUGAGCUUGGCUCUCACUGGCUCAAGGACAAGCUGACGGAGCUGUUCUUCAUCCUCUUCGCCGUCCUCUUCUACAUCACCCGUCUCUACGUGUUCCCGGCGUACCUGCUGCAUUCCGUCUGGUACCACUGCCCGAAGCAGUAUGGCCCAUGGCCGCUGCACAAGGUCUUCUUUGGCCUGCUGUCGCUGCUCUUCGUCCUGCACGUCUUCUGGUCUUAUCUGAUCUGGAAGGUCAUCAGCAACUCGGUGCUCUCCGGCCACGUCAAGGGCGACAGUCGCAGCGAUGACGAAAUGACCACCGACGAUGACACCACGCUCAGCCCGCCUACGUCACCGCUGCCCGAGCGCCUUGGCAACCCUCCGGCCGAGGAGAAUGGAAGGGCACGGCAUCGUCAAAACGGACACUCCUCAUCAUCAUCAUCUGCUACUGCUGGCACUAACGCUCAGUAGUACUGGUAGUAUGAGACAUGAUGCUAUGCUAAGUAAAUAAUCAACAAUGCCGGCCACCACAUAUCCAGGUCUGCUGUGCAGAGGUAUUAUUUUACAUAUUAUUAUGUGUGCAUGUGCUCGUGCGGUGCACUCGUACCCGCAGCAGCAGCAGUCUCCGAUAUCGGCACGUGCAUUGCAACAGGCGCGGCGUACAGUUGGCCAGAGCCUACACUGACAUUGUCAUCUCCACCGUCAACGACGUCUCACACCUCAGCUGGCUGUGUUGCUGUUUUCUGCUUGUCACUCACCGUCUCCCUCUAUCUCUCUGCUAUUGUCGUCCACGCCCUGCGAGCGGCGUACCUUCUCUCUACCUACAUAAAACACACAAUUAGUUGACCUACCGACGCAUACAGCGCCGAUUGUCUACCACCAACGUUCUCCCAACGCUAUCUUUCCUUCUCUUACGGCCCACCGUCGACUCUCUGCAGUCGAGCACUUCACGUGGUGGAUCAUCUCGUUUUCUCUGAAAAAGUAAAGAAACGUUUGUAUCGCUCGACCAUCCAGUCGGCGAGGUUUGCUUGCGUUCGUUUCCUGCUGCACUUGACGUGUGACCUGUCUGUGACAGUCCCUCUUCCUCGCUGCUGUUGCCUGCUAUUGGAAAUUCUAGCUCUAUUCUGAUCUGUGAAACUCAAUCCCUUCGAAUUAGCGCCACUGCACGCCUGGGCCGGUGUCUUCGAACCAGAACCGCCGUACUCGUGUCAUCAGCGUGCUGUUGUUGCCUUUCCAUACUUGAUAUAUCUUUUACGAGAGUCGCGAUCUUCUGUGGCUGUGCUUUCUCUUUUCUUACUCUAAUAAUCUAUUCUCCAAUAGGCUCUUCUUAUUUAAGUACAGGUGUUUAGUAGUUUCCUAACGUUUUGGGUAUAUUCAGAGGCUGGCUCUUUCCAUUUUCAUUCUGCUGGCAAGUGUGUUGUUUAUGGCUAGGUAGUACCGGUAGGUAGACUCCUUAUUUGGAUGGAGGUGUGUUCUCUCUCUCUAUUUUGCUAGCAAGCGUCAAUUCUGACGGUGUGUCCUGAUCUCGCUGUUUUCUGUUUAGAGCUCUAUUUUCUUUUGUUCCCUGGAGCACUGCUUUUGGCUCUCCUUCAAGCGGUUGCUCUAUCAGUGCAUGCUGCCCGCUCAGAUCACGCCAUGAUUGGCCUAUUCCACGGCGGCCAAUCAUGUGACCAAUAUCGUGACAUGGACUACGCUAGUCUGAUACCGGUGCAAGAAUUUCAA